UGUAUGUGUGUCUGUGUGCAUGUGUGUAGCAGCCAGAAACCCUAUGCCCUACUUUAACCGAAUGAUGCGCUGAGAGAGGAGGAGUGGGAACAUCCCAGAAGGCCCUCAGAGCGGCAGACGGGAGAUGGAUGCUGCCGUCGCGGCGGAUGCUGCUCGUUACUACCACUGCAGCGCUCGCUGCCAUUUCCAGUCGCUACUGCCGAAGCCUUCGCUACUAGCCCGUACGCUGCGUGCGUGACCGAGUGGCGCUGCGACGAGAGCAGCAGCCCCGCCGCUCGUUCCGUGUCCUGCCCGCCUGUCGCAAGGACUUCCAGCUUCCCCUGGAACCUCCGGUACCCUUUUUUUUAACCGCCCGCUUCUGCCUCAGUUCGCUGGGCAGAGGGGGUCCACUGCCUACCGGAGCAUGGACCCCCUGGCCAAACCAUGCCCGUCACAGGCUGACAGAAACCCUCCGACCUUCAGCGGACGAUUAAAUGCUCUCGGAGCAACCGGGGGGGAUACGAACGACCAAGGCUGCGGCAGAGACGAAGCCAUGGGGGGCAGCGAUACUUUUAGCAGCUUCGCUGAGGUGGACGAGCCGCUGGAGGACAAAUUAAAGGGUCUCGCUUUCAGGAAGCAGACUUCGUACAGGAAGGCCAUCUCACGUUCAGGACUGCAACACCUGGCUCCGGUCCAGAACCCUAUUUCGUUGCUCAGCAACGGGCCCGCUAAGGAGCUCAGAACCACUGUGGACUGGACCGAGAGUGCCGUGAACGGAGACCACCUGUGGCUCGAGACCAACUGCUCUGGAGAGCUCUGCUACCUCGGAGAGGAGACGUGUGUCGCCAAGAUCUCAAAGUCGGCUCCCCGGAGAAAGUGUGCAGCCUGCAAGAUCGUCGUCCACACUGCCUGCAUGGAGCAGCUGGAUAAGAUAAAUUUCCGCUGUAAGCCCACGUUUCGAGAGGGAGGCUCCCGAUGUCUAAGGGAUCAGAACAUCUUACGGCACCACUGGGUUCAUCGGCGUCGGCAGGAGGGAAAAUGUCGUCAGUGUGGAAAGAGCUUCCAGCAGAAGUUCUUCCACAGCAAAGAGAUUAUCGCCAUCAGCUGCACCUGGUGCAAACAGGCAUUCCAUAAUAAGGUGACGUGCUUCAUGCUGCACCAGAUUGAGGAGCCCUGUUCACUGGGGGCCCACGCAGGGGUCAUCGUACCGCCAUCUUGGAUCAUUAAAGUCAGAAAACCACAGAGCUCCUUUAAAACCUCCACCAGAAGGAAAAAACGGACGUCGUUUAAACGGAGGACCAGCAAGAAGGGCACCGACGAGUCAAAAUGGCGUCCGUUCAUGCUGAAGCCGCUGCCAUCACCACUGAUGAAGCCUGUGCUGGUGUUCGUCAACCCCAAGAGUGGAGGAAACCAGGGCACUAAGUUGCUGCAGAUGUUCAUGUGGAUCCUGAACCCGCGGCAGGUGUUUGAUCUGUCCCAGGGGGGGCCCAGAGAAGCGCUGGAGCUGUACAGGAAAGUGCCAAACCUGCGCAUACUAGCAUGUGGAGGAGAUGGAACGGUGGGAUGGAUCCUGUCGGCUCUGGAUGAGCUGCAGAUGAACCCCCAGCCGCCCGUGGCUGUACUUCCUCUUGGCACAGGAAAUGACCUCGCCCGGACACUGAACUGGGGCGGGGGCUACACGGACGAGCCGGUGUCCAAAAUCUUGUGCCACGUCGAGGAUGGCAGCGUGGUGCAGCUGGACCGAUGGAACCUGCGCAUGGAGAGGAUGCCUGGGCAGUCACAGCCUGAGGAGGGCACCCAAAAGCUUCCACUGAAUGUCUUCAAUAACUACUUUAGUCUGGGUUUUGACGCCCAUGUGACGCUGGAGUUCCAUGAAUCUCGAGAGGCCAACCCAGAGAAAUUCAACAGUCGCUUCCGCAACAAGAUGUUCUAUGCAGGGGCGGCGUUCUCAGACUUCCUGCAGCGGAGCUCCAGGGACCUGUCUAAGCACGUCAGGGUCGUGUGUGAUGGUACGGAUCUCACGCCCAAGAUUCAGGAACUGAAGUUACAGUGCAUUGUCUUCUUAAACAUUCCCAGGUACUGUGCAGGCACAAUGCCUUGGGGAAACACUGGCGACCACCGUGACUUCGAGCCCCAGCGCCAUGACGACGGCUGCAUCGAGGUGAUUGGCUUCACCAUGGCAACGCUGGCGGCGCUGCAGGUUGGGGGCCACGGUGAGCGUCUGCACCAGUGCAGGGAGGUGAUCCUCACCACCUACAAGACGCUGCCGGUGCAGGUGGACGGGGAGCCGUGCAGAAUGGCGCCCUCUACCCUCCACAUCUCGCUCCGCAACCAGGCCAACAUGGUGCAGAAGAGCAAGAGGCGCACCUCUGUUCCGCUGCUCAAUGAUAUUCAGAAAGUGUGCUCAGCUGACCUUCGUCGCCUGUCUGCUCCCCCUGACUCCUUCUCUGUUCCCCAUGCCGUGCCAGAACGCUUGCGUCUGCGUGUGAAUCGAAUCACAUUGCAGGAGUACGAAAGGCUACAGUUUGACAAGGAUCGUAUCAGAGAUAUUUCUAUCCCAGUGGGCAUUGUGGUGGUGCGAGGAGACUGUGACCUGGAGACAUGCAGGCUCUACAUUGACAGGCUGCAGGAGUCCUCUGGCAUCCAUUGGCAGGACUUGCAUCAGGCGCCCCCUGGUGUUCGACGCGUGCAUUUGCAGGAGGACGGACGCCCGCUGCCCAGAGUUGCCUCCUCACAGCGGCUCUCCGCCAACUGGAGCUUCCUGGACUCUACAUCAGCUGAUCGCUUCUACCGCAUUGACAAGGCACAGGAGCACCUGCACUUUGUGACGGAGAUCUGCCAGGACGAGGUGUUCAUCCUGGACCACGAGGCCCCCGUGUUGGGCCCACCUGGGGGCACGGGCAUGCCUGAUGUGGUGGUGGAGCCCAGCAGUGGGGUUCCUUUGACAACAGAGGAGCAAGGUCUUCUCUCUGCAGCAGCCAUCGGCGACUUAUCCACGGUGUCAAACUCCUGGAGCCAGGGGGUGAGUCUGCUGGUGCGGGACUCAGGAGGCUGCUCCGCUCUGCACCUCGCUGCCCAGCACGGCCACUCCGAGGUGGUCAUCUUCAUCCUGCAACGCGGUUCUAAGUUGAUUUUGGACCUCACUGAAAGAGAAACAGGAGAGACGGCCCUCCACAAAGCAGCCUUCCAGAGGCACCGCGCCGUGUGCCGACUGCUCAUAGAGGGCGGCGCCGCCCUCAACAAGCCCAACUUCCAGGGUAAGUCUCCAAAGGACAAGGCGCAGGAGGCUGGAGACACCCAGCUGGUGGCGUACCUGGAGAGUCACCUCAAGGGACAGCCUCUUCCCCACGAGGACCUGGAGACGGCCGUGUGACCCUGGGCUGUUGGGACGGAGGCCAGGCCGACACCGUCGACGCCGGUGGAACUACUACUGAGGUCAAAGUUCACAAAGGUCAACUUCUCCUCUGCCCUUCCUAAGACGGCAUAGACACGGAGGUGUCUUGUCUGUCUGUCAGUCAGACCGCAGCGAGCCUGUUACCGAGAUUACUGGAGUAUUCUUCUCUCUCUCUCUUGUUUUGAAAAGACACACACACACACACACACACACACACACACACACAGAUACAGACACACACAUAUACACACACACGCACACACACAUACACACACUCUCACAGAGAGAGAUAUUGGGGAAAACCAGGAAUGGACACAGGGACGUGACAUUACAUUGUUACAUUUGGACCUACCCUCCUCUGUAUCUCCGAGUAGUGAGCUACAUUGAGCAGGAUGGACUUGACCUUGUUACGGAGAGGUUUUUUUCCGUUAGUGUAUCUCUGCCAUGGCAGUUUUUGGGGUGUUUGUUGUUUUACUUUGACAUGUAUUUAUUGGCUUUCAUUGUUGUUGUUCUUUUUUUAAUUUAUUGAUUUCUUUAUUUAUUGAUUGAUUGAUUGAUUGUAUAAUAUGGGGGACCGUGAGUGUAAUUGUUAGCUUCCGGGUCGGUUAAUGGCACCUGUAGCUGUGCCGAGUAGAGGAAUCCAGUUAGAUGGGGUCUGCAUUCUUAAAAACAGGUGUUGGGUCUUUGGGCUGCGAACGAAGACUUCGGGGCCAUGCAUAAGUCUGGAACUCACACACACAUGCACACACACACACACACACACACACACACACACACACACACACACACACAAGGUAAACAGUUGUCUCCAUCCACUGCCUAUUGUCAGGUCUGAACGAUUCCACCACGCGUACAGCCCUGCGCUGCCUUCCUAAUGCUCACACACUCGUAACUCACACGGGAAUUCCGGUAAACGGCGCAGUUAUUGGCACAACCAUGGGAAAGAGGUGCUGUCAUCGGGAAAGAAUUGUGGAAUAGGAUGACUAGGUGAAACUGAGUAGUCACACGCACACACACACACACACACACACACGUUCCCACCAACAAGUUACCAGAAGUUGCCCAGUCAUCUCCUGACUGAUUUCUAUCAUCUGUGUGUUGAGUUUGAUCUGUGAAACACCAAUGCAAACAGUGCUGGUAUAUACAGAUAGCUCUCCAUAUCCAACGUAAGAAACCCCCAAAGAGUCUAGAAAACGGCUGACAAGAAGAAACCUUUUUUUUUUUUGUAAAUUUGCUUCGCAGAGGAUUCUGGGAAAUCUGUAGCAUUGUGGCUAAAAUGAAUGAAUCUCAUAUGUCUAUAAAGACGUCUCUGUACAUUUCAGCUGAAUCUGUUCAUUCUCUCAUUCUCAGUUCUUUAGGAGUGUGGUUGUGUGUGUGGUGGUGGUGGUGGUGGUGGUAGCGUGACUGUGACUUAUUUAUCCUUAGAAGAGGGGAAAAAAGAAAAAUAGAAGAAAGAAAAAGAACUGAGCCAUAUUCAAUGCAAUAUGAAUGGAUGACAUUUGUGCAUUAGUUGGUUUACGUUUACAUUACAUUAAUGUUUUUAUAUGACAUGA